AUGAGUGGCACGCUUCCAAACCAAAAGCAGAAAAUUCAAAAUCUGGUGAGACAGAAGACAAUCGAGUCGUUCGAGUGCUGCGCUGGUCAUCACCAGUCUUUCUUCACCGAUCCCAACGAUGGAACGAUCCUCAAGAAAAACGAGAUCGCCGACGGCAACAUCUCCGAAGGCCACAUCAUGAAGAAGAUGCAGAGCCAGACGAUUUCGUGUUUGAUUCCCAAGCUAAUCGAGCUCGUGGAGAUCGAAAAGGUUGAAUUCAUCAAAAUGGAGAACCUGACUCGUCGCUUCAAAGCACCCGCGAUUAUGGACGUCAAGCUUGGAUCGAGAACGUAUCUUUUCUACGAGGCCAACAAUCGUCAGCGGAAUGACCUCUAUAAAAGUGUAACCCCUGUCAAAGCUUACAGAAUAGAAGGCUUCAGGCGUUCUUGCGGCGAAAAAUUCGAUAAAUUUUGCCUCAACAGGAUAGCCGACAAAAAGACUGCCAUGAAGUACUUCGAACUGUUCCUGCGCUGUUCCACGAUUCCAUUAGCUGAGAUCUGCACCAAGAUCGUGAAGAAACUCACCUACAUCAAAACCCGCGCUCAAUCUUCUCCCUUCUUUUCCUCACAUUUGUUUAUAGGAACGUCGUUACUGUUCAUCCUCGACGAGAAUGGCUCAUUCGACGUGAAACUGAUCGACUUUGCCAAAGUGCGCGAAUUCAACCCGACGAAGGAGGACCCGUUGCCGAAUAGCGAGUGGUUCCGCGGUCUGGACAACCUUAUACGCGAUUUCUCCGAGAUUUCUACCCUCAAUGUUCCCACUAACAGCUGA